AUGGCCUCGAUAGAUCCCCGACUCAGAGAUCUCUCGAGCGCCAAUGCUCUCGUUCAACAACAACAUCAACAACAACAUCAACCAUUACAACAACAACAAGAACAACAACAAUCGCCACAAAAAAGCACUUCAACCUCGCAGGCGCAGCCAGCCCUUAAUCAAGCGCGUCGCUCUCCAUACAUCCCAAUCUACACAACCCCUCAAUCAGCGGGCGCCUACCCGGAUAACACUGGUGGCUCGCAGGAUGGCAAUAAUGAUGCCAACGACUCAAAGAAGUCUCGAGCAUGCGAGGCUUGUCGGGGUCUGAAGGUUCGAUGUGAGCCCGAUCUAAAUAACCCCGACGCGCCUUGCAAGCGUUGCGCCAAAGCAAAUCGCAAUUGCGUCGUAACCCUACCAACUCGCAAGAGACAGAAGAAGACGGAUAGUCGUGUUGCAGAGCUCGAGAAGAAGAUAAAUGCAUUGACGGCUUCAUUGCAGGCGCAAGGCGCUGUAACUGCAGCUGCUUUGGCUGAUCCAGGUGGAAUGCGGCAACCUCAAGCUGAACAAAACCUAUACCAGCAAAUUACAAAUGGAGGAUAUGGAACACCCUACGACCCGGGCCGCCCAGAGGAGCGCCUAGAUGAUUGGCAUGUAUACCCAAGAGCUCCAGAAGUCGAGCCUCGCACAUCUUCGCCUCCGCCACCCAUGGUUGGUGCUGGUCAGAAGAGAAAGCACGCCGAUUCCUUCUCCGCUGCCUCAAACUCCCAUAUCGCGGCGAGUGCAGCCGCGCAGAGACAAUCUGAGCCGGUAGUUGGGACCUUUCACACCUUGGACGCCGGCACUCAAAAGGUCGUGGCGACCCAAGAGUAUACAGAUGUUGUUGACAAAGGGCUUGUCACCGUGGAGGAGGCCACUAAGAUGUUCAAUUGGUAUGUGGAGAAGAUGGCGCCGCACAUGCCUUCAGUUGUAUUCCCUCCCGGCACUACAGCAGCUGAGAUUCGUAAUACCAAGCCCAUCCUUUUCCUGGCCAUUCUUAGUGCUAGCGCAGGGGUUCUGAAUCCAGAGAAGCAACGUCUGUUGACAAAGGAAGUCAUGAGCAUCUAUGCGGAUCGGAUUAUCUGCAGUGGAGACAAGACCCUCGAGUUAAUUCAAGCUUUGAUUGUUUCCUGUCUCUGGUACUGGCCUCCCGAGCAUUUUGAAGAAUUGAAAUUCUACCAGCUUAUCCAUAUUGCCUCUGUGAUGGCAAUCGACAUGGGGAUGAAUAAGAAGAGCAGGCUUCAAAAGAACAAAGUUGCUGGUCUCUUCAGAGACAAUCCAUGGCGCCGCACUCCGUUUCCAGACCCGGAGAGCUUGGAGUCAAGACGCACUUGGCUUUCUUGCUAUUUCCUUUGCUGCAAUGCAUCCAUGGGGCUUCGGCGACCAAACCUCGUUCGAUGGACGUCCUUCAUGACCGAAUGUCUCGAGGUACUAGAGACUUCGCCUGAUGCUUUGCCUUCUGACAAAACAUUCUGCCAGUGGAUUAGGAGUCAACAUAUCGCAGAGGACAUCGGUACCCGCUUCUCUAUGGAUGAUCCAAGCGCUAAGGUUAGCAUGGCUGACACGUCGGUCCAACAUGCCUUGACAGCCUUUGAAAUCGAGCUCGAGGAGUGGUCCAACCAGAUCCCACCAGGAGCUAAUUCUUCCUGCCUACAAAUAACAGAGCAUGUGGUGAACCUCUAUAUGCAUGAGGUUGCUAUGCAUGUCGACCAUAAUGUUGAGGAGUUUAAACCGCCUUUCACGGACGCAUUUAGAGAUACUUCGGGUGAUGAUCAGAAGCUCAGCUCUUCCCAUGUGAAAGCACUCUCAGUUUGCCUGAAGUCCAUUGACGGCAUAUUCGCUACCUUCCUGGGCUUUGAUGUCGAGACCAUCCGAUGUCUUCCAGUCGCUAACUUUGUUCGUGUUGCCUAUGCCGUGGUGGUCUUAAUCAAGAUGUAUUUCGCGGCAGCCAACCCGAACAGUAACUUUGGCAAGGUCAUCAACAAGGACAACAUGAAGGUGGAGCAAUAUCUGGAUGGGUUGGUAUCACUCUUUAUGGCAGCCGCCCUCGAAGAAAAGUCACGUCCUUCGCAAAAGUUCCUCCUGGUUCUCUUGGUGCUCAAGACUUGGUUCCAUCGUCAACGCGAGGAGAAGACUACGACCAGUUCUUCAAACGACACUCGCUCUGGCCCUGUAGCCGAUGCAAGUACAGAAGCGCCGGUCGAGCCGAACCAUAACUCCCAGGUCCAGCAACAACGACAAAUCUCAGCCUACAGCCCUGCCAACAAUUCUCUUCAACUUUUGAGUGAAGUUGCUACAGGUAGCGGAGGCCAAUCUCGUUCCGGAAGUAUCAGCAACUACCCCGGAUCUAACGACUGGCAAACCUUGCAGUACAAUAACAGCUUUCCUAUGAACCAGGCGUACGGGAACGGGGGUGGCCAGAUUGAUCCCAGGCUUGGUAUGAUGGACUUCAACUACUCGAUGGGCGAUGGGCUGGAGCAGGCUAUGGGUAUGACGCUCGGAGUGGGCGAAUACAGCAUAUAUUUUGGUGAUAACAGCUUCAUGAAUGGGUUCAUGGGACUCGGAGACUUUGGAGACGGUAUGGCGCAGAAUAUUGAGGGAGGUAUGCAAUGA